CAGCCCUGCUGCUGCCCCUGCUGCUGCUGUGGCCCCUGUUGCUGUGUCCCCAGUUGUUGUAACCCCUGCUGCUGUGACUCCUGCUGCUGCCAACCCUGCUGUUGCAGACCAUGCUGCAGCCCCUGUUGCUGCUGCCCCUGCUGCUGCACCCCCUGCUGCUGCACCCCCUGCUGCUGCUGCCCCUGCUGCUGUUGCCCCUGCUGCUGUGGGUCCUGCUGCUGCCAUCCAUGCUGUGGUAAUUCCACCUGCUCUGGUGGUUCCAGUGGCUGUGGUUCCUGCUGCUGCAGCCCAUGCUGUGGUGGUUCCAGUGGGUGUGGUGGCUCCACUGGUUGUGGUGGCUCCAGUGGCUGUGACUCCAGCUGCUGUCGAACCACCUGCUGCAGGACCAUCUGUUGCCGCCCCAGUUGCUGUGGCUCCUGCUGCUGCAGCCCAUGCUGUGGUGGCUCCGGUGGCUGUGGUGGUUCCAGUGGCUGUGGCUCCAGCUGCUGCGGACUCUGUUGUGGUGGUUCCAGUGGCUGUGGUGGUUCCAGUGGCUGUGGUGGUUCUAGUGGGUAUGGCUACUGCUGUUGUCGCCCCACCUGCUGCCAGACCACAUGCUGCAGGACCACCUGCUGCCGCCCCACCUGCUGUGGCUCCUGUUGA